GAGGAAAAUACUGCGGUUAUCUACUCUGUCCUCAGCUCUCUUCUUUGAACGAGGAAAGAAGGGGAGGAAAAAAAAAAGAAAAAAAGAAAAAAAAAAGUAAGAAGUCUUCCUUCUCCUCGAAGAAAAAAUCGCCUCCCUCUUUAUUUAUUUUUUUAUCUCUCUUUCCGAUCUAUCGACCUCCGUGAUCCACAAGACUAAAACCCCCCUCGUUCGGCUAGCUCUUGCUGCCCUGCUCCGAGUUCUCAGAUCUGUGAUCGUCAGAGAAAGGUAGAGACGAAGAGAGAUCGAUCUUGGAGGGGUCGAUCUCAUGGCUGGUCGUUACGAUAGCAAUCCGUUCGAUGAGGAGGAGGUCAAUCCCUUCGCGGAUCAGGCAGCUCGUGGAAAAGCUGGUGGGCAAGCAAGUUACGGUGGAGGUGCAUUCUACACAACAAACCCUGGCAGUGUUCCUCCUGCUUCAAAUUCAAGGCUAUCACCUCUUCCUCCUGAACCUGCUGACUUUUACAAUGAUCGGGGAGCGACAAUAGAUAUUCCUCUUGAUUCAUCAAGGGAUAUAAAGAAAAAGGAAAAGGAACUCCAAGCAAAGGAGGCAGAAUUAAACAAGAGAGAAAAGGAACUAAAACGAAGAGAAGAAGCUGCAUCUCGUGCUGGAAUCGUUAUAGAGGAGAAAAAUUGGCCACCAUUUUUCCCCAUUAUUCAUCAUGAUAUUGCAAAUGAAAUUCCAAUCCACCUUCAAAGGUUGCAGUAUUUUGCAUUUGCGUCAUUGUUAGGGUUAUUUUUGUGCCUAUUUUGGAAUAUCAUAUCAGUUACUGCAGCUUGGAUCAAAGGAGAAGGUGUGAAGAUCUGGUUUCUUGCAAUUAUCUAUUUUAUCUCGGGUGUUCCUGGGGCUUAUGUUUUGUGGUAUAGACCUCUUUAUCGAGCCAUGAGGACGGAAAGUGCUUUGAAAAGUUUAGGAUGGCUUUUUUUCUGUUUUAUAUGCUUCCACAUUGUCUUUGUCAUCUUCGCCAGCAGUGGCCUCCUCCAAUAUUUCAAGGGGAAAUCCUUGACAUGCAACCUCCCUUCUUUAUUAUUUGUUGUUUGA